AUGUCAAAUUCUGCUAGUGUUUUAGAAAAUCCAAUAAUUAUUAACCAAAAGGUAGUAGUAACUGUACUUGAACCGAAAAGUGAUGACGUAGGAAGUGCUGUCCCUGUUUCAAAAGAGUUAUUUCUAAAGAUAGAAGAGAGGAAACUUGAUAACAACGAGAAAGAGUUUCGUGUAGAAGUUAGUCAUCCCGAUGAUUUUCUUUUUCUUUUCGGCGAGGGAAUAACACGACAGAAAUAUCAGGUUUUAGCGGAAAAAUGGAAUGUCGAAAGUGAAUUUGAAGAUUUCUUCAAAGUUCUUCUAAGUCGAAUUAUAAAGGAAGCCGAUGCUGGACAAUCAACUCAGCUUAAGUGUGUUUUGUCUUUAGACAGGACAUACUGCACUUUUGAAUUUGCAAAAAAACAAGAUUUCUAUAUUGCUCGAAUGCCAAUGGAGUUGACGAUUGUUACGGGAGAAGCAUUAUUACAACAUUUGAUGAAUACAAUUCGUCACUUGCGGCGGAGCAUAACUUCUCUAAGUUCUUAUAAAUCGAAUUAUAAGGAGCUGAGAGAGUCAAAAAAUGAACUCUUAACACAGUUGGAAAGACAAACGGAAGAAUUGUCUUCGUUAAAACGAGAGAUAAAACAUUUGCAAGAAGAAAAUGAUGAGUUAGAAAGGAAGAAGAUGGAGGCUGAAAACGAUUGUCAGAUUACAAGUGCCGAAUUGGAAACACUGAGAGAUACCAAUGAAGACUUAAUGACAAGAGUGGAAGAGCUAGAAGCUGACAAGAUGAAGCUCAACGACGAGAUAGAUGAGUUUUUACGUGAAAGGGAUGAUUGGGAUUUGGAGAGACAUGCUUUAGAAGAUGAUUUGAAGGAAACUACUGAAGAGAAAGUAGAACUAGAAUCUAUGAUUGGUGACUUGAAAGAUCAAUUACAGAAGUCGGAUCAUAUCUUACAGAAGUAUUUGAAGCCCGAUGUCGUUAGCUUUGAUGCUAGUAAAUUGGAUGAAUUAUCAAAAGAGUUGAAAGAUAAAGAUGAAAUAAUUCAACAGUUAACAGGCGUUUUGUCCAAAAGUAAAGAACAACUGCAAAAAACUGGAGCAGAACUUGAGGCGACCAAAUUAGAAUUAGCUAAAUCAAAUAACUCAUUAAGUACUUUACAAAACAUGAUGAUGUAUCGGACAUCGCUAUCAGGCCAAUCACCUAUUGUUACCAGAAAUGCUUUCCCAUCAAAUUUGAAUUCAACUCCUGGCGUAAUAACGAACCGGACAAAUUUAAUGUCCACUUUAUCGCCAAUAGCUACGACAGCGGGUUGUCUUCCCAGAGUUCCAGACACUCCUUUACAUAGCCGAAAGGUACCUACUCCCAUUUUUAACAAACUACGAUCGACUCUUAACAAAGAUAAAUAA